CUGAAAACUCUCAACUUCCCUUUCCUCCCAAACUACCGGACCAGACUGAUACAAUUCUAUUUCGCCAUGAGAGACGAAGAAGAUUUUCAACGCCGUGAAAUUCCUGAUCUGAGUCUUGACCGACUUAAGGUUCUCUCCGCUCUCGGCCGAGGAGCCAAGGGCGUUGUGUUCUUAGUCAAAGAUAAAGACCGCGACGAGUUUCUUGCUCUCAAGGUUAUUUCCAAGGCACUGAUCGAGAAGAAAGGAAAAGCAGCGGCAGCAGCAGAAGGAGAUGAGUACCGGAGAGUCUCCUUCGAGCAAGGAGUCCUCGGCCUUCUUCGUCACCCGCUUUUUCCGAGAUUACGCGGAGUUUUGGAUACUGAUAAGCUUGUUGGUUACGCCAUUGAUUAUUGUCCUGGACGCGAUCUUAAUGUCCUUAGGAAAAAACAGAGUGAGAAAAUGUUCUCCGAUGAUAUCAUUAGAUUUUACGCGGCGGAACUGAUUCUUGCAUUGGAGUAUUUACACAAAUUAGGAAUAGCUUACAGAGAUUUGAAGCCAGAUAACGUAAUGGUUCAAGAAAACGGUCACAUUAUGAUGAUCGAUUUCGACCUCUCAACAAGACUCUCCCCAAAGUCGACUCCUGCAUCGUCACCGAGUUCAUCAAACUCAGUAGCAACAUCGCGUAACUCAGUAAGCAUCAAGAAACGACAAUCGCCGUUUUACCGACUCUGCAACUCAGGAAUUUCGCCAGAAGACUCGGUCUCACAGAACGGACACAGCGAAAACUCAGUACGAGCCGAAUCCGACUCAACAGAAAAAUCAAACUCAUUCGUCGGAACAGAGGAGUACGUAGCACCAGAGAUCAUCUCAGGCGAAGGACACGGUUUCUCGGUGGAUUGGUGGUCACUUGGUGUAGUCCUAUACGAAAUGCUAUACGGAACGACACCGUUUAAAGGUUCGAAUCGGAAAGAGACAUUUUACCGGAUUCUGACUAAGACGCCGGAGUUGUACGGAGAAGCAACGCCGCUUAGAGACUUGAUAAAGAAGCUUCUGGAAAAAGAUCCGAAGCAGAGAAUCGAGUUGGAGGAAAUCAAGGGCCACGAUUUCUUCAAGGGAUUGAAUUGGGAAUCGGUGGUUCAGAUUUCGAGGCCACCUUUUAUUCCGGAGAAUAAUAUCGAUUAUUAUGAUAUCGAAAAGAAUAAUAAAAAUAAUAACAACAAUACGAAUAUUGACGUGGAAUCAGUUGUACAAGGCAUAUUCCAAAACGACGACGUUGAAAAAAAUCAGAACAAAACUGAUCAAAAACAAGUCUGGGAUGGAGCUUUUAAUCAUCACCCCACUCAAACAGAAAAUUUUCUUGUUUUUUGAUUUUUUUUUUUUAAAUUUUAAAUAGAAAAUAUUCUUUAUUUGUUUAUAUAAAUAUUUGUACGACUUAGAUAUAUAGAAUAUCAAAGAAUAAUUAUAUUUAGGUUUUGAUCAUUUACUUAGCUCAAACUUUUGCAACCUCAAUUUUUGGUUGAAUUAUAUAUGUAUAAAGUUUUAAUA